AUGCCCGUUUCAACAAAGCUAAGGAGCUUGAUUCCGCCGUUUUCACUCAAAACAGUCAUUGCAUGUCUAUUAUGGUAUACAGUUUCAUCGGUGACAUCUCAACUAACCAAACUAAUUUUGACCAAGUUUACUUAUCCAUUGUUUUUAUCACAAUGUCAAUUUUUGCUCGGCGCCACUUUGGCAUUCUGUCUUAUCACAUUAGCAAGUUGGUAUCCCUCGCUUGAGGAGUGUUUUCCCAAAGGUAGUCUUCCUGCGCAAAGUCGUCAGAUGGAACCUAUUCUAUCACUCGCCAUGUUACUCAAGAUUCUUCCCCUUGGAUUGUUCCAGUUUAUUGGGAAAUACUUGUCACUAAGUGCCACAUCUUUAAUACCGUUGGCAACCAACUCAAGCAUCAAGGCGUUGAGCCCAAUGUUGAUUGUCCUUGGGUAUAGGAUUUUCUACAAAGUUGUGUUUCCCUUCAUUACUUAUGCAUCAUUAGUACCUUUGCUAGCGGGGGUUGUGCUCAUCAUCUCGUCCGAUUCGGGGACAACUGGUUUGUUUAUCAACGAUAAUAAUGAACUUGAUAGUAGACACAUCAAGGGAUUGACCUUUUGCCUCUUGAGUACAGUUGUUUUUGCUGCUCAGAACAUAUAUGGUAAGCAAUUAAUUACUUGGGAUAGCGACUACAAAAUUCAUAACCCAGCCUCCUUGGUGUUGAACACGGAUCCAUCAAGACCGUCUACUCCUAUGCCAUUUUCAAUACACGUGGAAAAAUCAACCACUCCAGUUGAUUAUUUUGAUUCAAACAUCGGAGCAAAGAACAAUCACAACAACAACAACUACAAUAACAAUAACAACAACAACUACAACAACAACAAUGAUAACAACAACAAUGAUAACAACAAUAAUAACAAUAACAAUAAUAACAACAAGAAUAAAAAUAAAAACUUUUUGUAUGUACGACAGAGAACCAAUUCACUUCACUUACCAUAUUCAACCUCAGAUCUUACGUUGGAUGAAAUGAAAGAGAGCCACCUACUUGGAUCACCACCAAGUGCACAGAAUAGUAAUAAAAAUCCUAGCCAUUCUUCUCCGUUUCCUUCAUACGAAAACAUGGCGUUGCAAAACAAUACCAACGUAAACAAUCCAUUUGCUUAUUUCAUCAACAAGUUUGAAUUGCAUAAACUUGCCAAACCAGACAAGAUGACAAUUAUUCUCUACUGUUCGUUAAUCGGGUCCUCAUUUUCCAUAGGUGGGUUUGUUAUGAACGAGUUGCCCAAAAUGUAUCGACAAUUUAGUGAUACUGAAUUUGGUAUGGAAGACACAAUAGAUACAGCUUCGGAGUUUCUAACCAUUAUGGUACUCAUCUUUUUGGACAGUAUCUCUCAUUUUCUUCAAACGCUUUUGGCAUUCCACCUUUUGGGUUCUAUUCCGGCAUUGUCAUACUCAAUUGCGUCAAUGUUGAAGAGGAUAGUGUUGAUAACGAUUAGUUUAAUUGUCACCAUAGGCUACUCCACCACCACUAAAGCUACCACUGCCAUUUCCGCCACCAACUCGGAUGAUGGCGAUCCAGUUGCAGUCAUUGCACCUGUGCCUGGGAAAACUCACGUAAAUAUGCUUACCCGACAACAAGUUGCAGGUCUUGCACUUAUCGCCAUGGGAUUAUAUUGUUAUGACAGAUGGGGGUCGCGAAGUUUAAAAAGUAGAUAG